AUGGUGAAGGUGUGGUCUGUCCCAGGACACAGCCCUGUGAUGUCCACAGAGGGGGAGUCUCUGUGGACUCCUGUGCCCCUCUGUUCUGCAGCACUGUACUCGAUCACCAGGUCGAGGAGACGGAUGUGGCUCCACAGCAAAGGAAACUGCAUCAGGACCAACGCAGAGCACUGCUACCUUUGUGCUCUGGUCUUCAGUGCUCUGGUCUUCAGUGCUCUGGGUCCUCAGUGCUCUGGGUCCUCAGUGCUCUGGGUCCUCAGUGCUCUGGGUCCUCAGUGCUCUGGGUCCUCAGUGCUCUGGGUCCUCAGUGCUCUGGGUCCUCAGUGCUCUGAGUCCUCAGUGCUCUGGGUCCUCAGUGCUCUGGUCUUCAGUGCUCUGGGUCCUCAGUGCUCUGGGUCCUCAGUGCUCUGGGUCCUCAGUGCUCUGGGUCCUCAGUGA